AUGGUCUACCUGCAAGCUGCAGAUGCCACUGUCAGUGGCGGGUAUCGUAGCCGCCUAGCGCUGCUCCUAACCACAAGAACUGCGGACGUGACAGCCCGUCAAAUCGAGGCUGGCUGGCCUCUACCGGCCAGAGGCAAAGUCAAAAAGGAGUUGGAUGGCACCUAUCAGCCAGUGUCUAGCGACCCGUCGUACUUGAACUCUAAUGGCACCACAAGCCCGAAGCCCAUCGGCAUGGUGGCUUCAGACUUUUCCAACGUCUGCGACGAAAAUCAGGUCGGCAAUCUAGCGCCAAGCCCCAGAGGCUUGCCAACGUUGAAGAAAGUGCAGAUCGUAUCGACUUGUGGAUGA